AUGAAAAAUACAAACUAUAUCCAACAAGAAGAAGAAUUUUGGAAACUUGAAAAAGGGGUUUUCUCUGGCCAAGGAGUAACGAAUACAGUCGGAGAAAGCCUAUUUGAAGCUAUUGAUUUCUGAGAACCUCGGCAAGAUGAUCAAUAUCAAAUCAUUAAGAAUUCUAAUGAUUAUGGUGAUAUCCCUAAUUUUAUGGAAGGUACAACCAAUUGGCCUCAAUCUAAAUCAGAGAUAUUUGCAGUGAUGGAAGAUCCCUUUUGUAAGAGAAAUGAUAUCGAUUUGAAACCUUUGUCUCAAGAGAUUUCUGAAGAUAUGCACUCUUUAAAAAUGCCAAACUUAAGAAAAGGGAAGAGGUGGGGUAAGAAACAAGAUAAAAUCUUAUUCCAUACAAUUUACCAGCUUGAGAAACAAGGGUGAGGUAAACUAAGUGAACUUGCCGAACUAGACCCCCUUGACGCUCACUUAAAUCCAAUGGUGUGAAAUCUUACUCAAAAGUUGCAUUGGAAGAGUUUACAUAAGGAUCUUUUGAAAAGAAUUCAAACAAAAAUGUCGACUCAUUUCUCUCAUAGAGAUAUUAAGUUAAUGAAGAAAAUUAUUAAAGAAGAUUAUGCCUACAACGACCUCGAUUACGAGAGGAUCUUUUAUGAUUUCCCAGGGAAGACCAUGGAAAGGGUCACUGAGGUUGCCAAUAAAAUCCUUAGAAGCAAGAGGAGGAAGAGAUUAAGUAAGAUUGAUGGCAAUAAUCAAGGUUAAUGAAUUAACAGUGGAAUGGAGUUACAAAUUUUAACACUUUU